AUGGCUCUCCGUCGCUUCAACGCGGGUGGCAAGAAGCAGAAGGAGCUCACCGAGGAGCAGAAGCAGGAGAUCAAGGAGGCCUUCGACCUCUUCGACACCGACGGCUCAGGCGAGAUCGACUCCAAGGAGCUGAAGGUGGCCAUGCGCGCCCUGGGCUUCGAGCCCAAGAAGGAAGAAAUUCAGAAGAUGAUCUCCGAUGUGGACGAUGACGGCAGCGGCACCAUCGGCUAUGAGGAGUUCCUGAAGAUGAUGACCCACAAGAUCCUCAACCGCGACCCGAAGGACGAGAUCCUCAAGGCCUUCCGACUCUUCGAUGACGACGAGACAGGCAAGAUCUCCUUCAAGAACCUGAAGAGGGUGGCCAAGGAGUUGGGCGAGCGCAUGACUGAUGAGGAGCUUCAGGAGAUGAUCGAUGAGGCAGACCGCGAUGGCGAUGGCGAGGUGAACGAGGAGGAGUUCCUGCGCAUCAUGAAGAAGACCAACCUCUUCUGA